AUGUACGAGUAUGAUGACCAGCAGGUGAGGGAGGAGGAGCAGCAAAUGAAGGCGGCCACCGUCAUCCAGCAGCGCUGGAAGGAGUUCUGUGCUCAACGGGAGGCAGAGAAACGGGCUAACUUCACCACCACCGUUGCAGUUGCAGCCGCAGCUUCUGCUGCGGCUGCUGAGGGUGUGGAAGCGGAGCCACGCGUCACCUUCAAGGAGGAGUACAGGGAACUUGUCAACCGCUACAACAGUGUUGUCGAGCGCAGUGUAGCACUUCAGCGACUGCUGACGCAACACUUCACAGCCCAGCGGCAGCGGAAGGGUGAAGACCUGAACCAACACCAGGCUAUGACAGUCGAGGCAGAACAACAAUACUGGAUAUCCAUAUGGCAGAUGAGGGAAGAAUGGCAACAGCAACGUUCCCGUUGUGAGGCGGCAGAGGCGGCCUUUACAGAAAUGCAGUCACGACACCAGGGCACUAUUGACUCUUCUCAAAAACACGAGGAGAUGUUUCGUCAGUACAUUAGAGAACUUGCAGAGCGUGUGCAGUUUGUGCGCACGAACAAGCGACUGACCAAAGAGGAAAUUGACGAAUUCCUCAACAGGGAUGCCCUUCAGCGUCGCUUAAUUCAGCGGGCGCGCAUACGGUAUAAUUUGUUGCGGUACGAAAUGGAGGAGUUGCAAAGAGCUAUGGCUCAACGUGAUCAGCAGCAGGAUGGAAUGAGCCUCAUUGAUUUUGAGCAACUGAAAAUUGAGAACACAAAUCUGAAUGAGAAGAUUGAGGAGCGGAACGAAGACAUUGUGAGGUUGCGACGUAAAGUAACCACCACAAUUCAUGUUCUAACACAUGUAAAGGAAAAACUAGAGUUUAUGAAGAUUGAAAACGGCCAACUUCGGCGGCAGGUAGCGUCGACGGAGGAAGAGCUGAACGGCCUGCGUGAUAAGUUAGCACAAACGAAGCGUCAGCGUGACCACUUCACUGCCAGUAAUCUUAGAAUACGCGAAAAAAUGCCUAUGGUAGGAUCAAAGAAGUUGUUGCUUGAUUACGAGAGACGUAAGGCGGCCUGCAAUACGAUGCGCGACGAUGUACUGGGUAGCGCUGCACGGCAUCGGACAUUGCUGAGUGACAUGGAUAUGAAGCAAGGAACACUGGUUGAUCUUCAAAAAGCACUUGUGCUGGGAAUGGAACCGGAAACGCAUGUGACCAGAAAAGCAAAAGAGUCUCUGGCAAGUUAA